AUGACAAUGCGGCGAGCCUUGCUUGAUGGCAGGCAGGGAUCUGUCGACGGAAACAGUAGUGUUAAUGACAAAGAGUUGGUACACAAGUGUCAUAGUGAUCCAGGUGGAGGGAGGGCUCUUGGGGCACCCAGGGCUCAGAGGCACCGCUCAGUGUCUGGGGCCCUGAGGAAAUGCGUCUUAACCCUGGAUGGAUACUCGUACGUUAUAGGUAUGGAUGGUUGCUUAUUAAAAUACUUUUUAAUACAAUGGGGAACAAUUUGA